AUGGAUCCGGCAGAGCUACGUCGGGUUUUUCAAAUGUUUGAUAAGAAUGGAGAUGGGCAGAUCACAAAGAAAGAACUAAGUGACUCGUUAAAAAACUUGGGCAUCUACAUACCGGAUAAAGAGUUGAUCCAAAUGAUAGAGAAGAUAGACGUCAACGGAGAUGGGUACGUAGAUAUUGAAGAAUUCGGUGCAUUAUAUCAAACGAUAAUGGACGAGAGAGACGAGGAGGAGGACAUGAGAGAAGCAUUCAACGUGUUCGAUCAAAACGGAGACGGUUUUAUUACAGUGGAAGAGUUAAAGUCAGUUUUGUCAUCCUUGGGGCUAAAGCAAGGAAGAACUUUAGAAGAUUGCAAGACAAUGAUAAAGAAGGUGGAUGUGGAUGGAGAUGGGAUGGUCAACUUCAAGGAGUUCAAGCAAAUGAUGAAAGGUGGUGGAUUUGCUGCCCUAGGUUCAAGUUAA